CGUUACCGGCCGGCAUAGUGUCGAAACGAAGCGGAGCGGUUCGCGGUUUUCGUUUCGUACAGUGGACACAGAACGACGGCGACUUCCGUGGAGUUCGUACGUGCCGGAUUGUAUAAAACGAUAUACGGUGCCCGAGUCGGACGGAUUACUCACACAAACGGGCACUUUCUCUCCCUCCUUUCUCUUCUCUCUCUCUCUCUCUUUCUCUCUCUUUCUCUUCUCUCCAUCUUUCUCUUUCCAUUCGUCUCCUCCGUUUGUCGCUUCGUGGACGUUCGAACGCGCGCUCCUCUUUCAGUCUCAGUCUCGCGGUAAAGGACGUCGCGUGAGCUUCAAAGUUUCAGGGCGUCUGCGAAAAGGAAGACAUAAAGAUGGCAGAGGACAAGAACGAGACGAGCCCGAGUGCCGAGGGCGAGAAGUCGCCGCAGGAAACAGCGGCGGCGUCGCCGCCAGCCGCCAAGGAGGAGCCGACGAAGGAGUGCAAGGAAGACGAGAAGAAGGUCGAGGAGAACGGUGAAGGCGAGAAACCGAAGGAGAACGGCGAGGAGAAGACUACUCCGGAGCCGAAGGACAUGCGGGCGAUCGUGCUCAACGGUUUCGGCGGCCUGAAAAGUGUCAAGGCCCUGAAAAAACCGGAGCCCGCCCUCGGCGAGGGAGAGGUCCAGAUACGCGUCAAAGCCUGCGGGCUGAACUUCCAAGAUUUGAUGGCUAGGCAAGGCGCAAUUGACUCGCCACCGAAAACUCCGUUUAUCAUGGGCUCCGAGUGCGCGGGUGACAUCGAGCAAGUCGGCGAAGGAGUCGAGAACUUCAAAGUGGGUGAUAGGGUGGUCGCCCUUCCCGAUCACAAAGCAUGGGCGGAGCUGGUCACCGUCCCGGCAACAUCCGUUUUCGCGCUACCACCCGGAAUGAGCUACCUUGAUGCGGCCGCUAUCACCAUGAACUAUACCGUAGCGUAUAUUCUGCUUUUCGAGCUGGCCCAUCUCACUCCCGGAAAGAGCUUGCUGCUUCACAGCGCCGGCGGCGGUGUGGGUCAAGCGGUGGUUCAGCUUGCGAAAACUGUGAAGGACGUGACCAUCUUCGGCGUCUGCAGCAAAUCCAAGCACGAAGCACUCAAAAACGCCGGAACUAUCGACCACCUUUUGGAACGCGGCACCGAUUAUAGUAACGAAGUCAGAAAAAUCUCUCCGGAAGGCGUAGAUAUCGUCUUAGACUGUUUAUGCGGUGAAGAAUGUAACAAGGGCUACGCCCUCUUGAAGCCAAUGGGCAAGUACAUCCUUUAUGGAUCCAGCAACGUCGUCACCGGGGAAACUAAGAGCUUCUUUUCCGCAGCGCGAUCAUGGUGGCAAGUCGAUAAAGUGUCGCCCAUAAAGCUGUUUGAUGAGAACAAGACAUUGUCUGGAUUGAAUCUACGCCACUUAAUGUACCAACACGGCAGUCAUGCGUUCGUACGACGGGCGGUGAAUCAAGUGUAUACACUGUGGAGCGAGGGCAAGAUCAAACCAGUGGUGGACUCAACAUGGGCGCUGGAGGAUGUACCCGAAGCUAUGCAAAAAAUGCACGAUCGCAAGAACAUCGGUAAGAUCGUGCUGGAUCCGAGUCUGGAGCCGAAGCCCAAACCAGCUACGCCGGCUAAAGGCAAAGCGAAAGACAAGAAGGCCGCGAAUCAGGAGGAGAAGAAGGCGUCUAGCGUAGAGUCGGAAGAGGGAGAGAAGAAGAAGGAGCCCGAAUUGACAAACGGUACCUCAGAAGACAAAUCUGAUAGCGAUUCCAAAGAAAAGGAAUCUAGCUGAAUUAGCGGAAACUAAGACGAAAAAAAAUUGAUAUCCGCAAACAUUUGCAAGAAUUUUUCAAAAAUAUACUAUUGCCCGAAAGAAUGAAAAAUUAAGUUCGUUUUAAAUAAUACAUGAGCGAUAUUGCGCAAACUUUACAUGCAGAUGAUUCCAUAAAAACUUUGUACAACUUAAUAUAAUGGAUGAAAUAAAAUUCCGAACAAUUACUGGAGAUAUAGAAUUCGAAAUUUCAAUUUAGUGAGUAAUCGAUCGCUUGUACUGAGUUAAUACACAUUAUACUCUUUUCUAUCUAAAAGCCACCUUUUUUAACGCUCAUCAUCUGCAUGUAUAUAACUAUUUUUCCUUACAUUUGCGCCGAGAUUAAUAAUUCAUGUGAAUUAUGAGUGAAGGAGAAUCAACCAGCAUAUUGCAUAAGAACGAGAGAAAUAACCAAAUAGAAAUAACAAUCUUGAUGCGGUCCACAGUAGUUUACAGAAUAUAAGAACGUUAUGUUUAUUUUUUCACAUUGACCAAAUGAUUAAUUUUGCGAGGAGUUAAGUAAACGACUGUUGGAUACCACGUAGUCAUUAGGCAGCUUUUUUUUUUACUAUCGCUAUUAUUUUAGGAAAUGGAUACAACUAGCCUUUCCGUACUUAUUAAAUGACCAUAAAUACGAAGUAAACAGCAGUUUAAUAACUGUGUGUUGUCCAACAGCUAUUUACUUGGCUCUGUUUAUCUGUAUCGAAUACUAUCGCUGCUACUACGGUAUAUACUAACACACAUUCUCUCUUAUACUAAUAUAAUAUUACUUCUAUUUGUAAUUUAUAAUGGGAUAAAAUAACAUAAUUGCGCUAAUGUCGCAAUUUCCGUAACGAAAAGCUAAGAAUGCAAAGCUGCAUUACUUUCGUAUAUAAAUUUUACGUAUUACGAAGAUGUUUUUACGCCACUUUAUUAUUCAUCGUGAUCCUUUUGUCACGAUGAAAUAUCCUUUUUAAAUUUUAACGAUAGCCAUGAAAGUCAAAAAUAAUAUUUAGUACACUACAUAUAUUAAUGAAGUAUUUUGCUGAGAUUUGGACGCUCUUUUUUUCAUACGAUUUCAUACUUUAUAAUAGUUCUUAUGUAAAAUUAGUUAUAGAUUUUUCCUAUGUAGAUUUUCCUAUGUAAAAAUUGAAAAGUAGAAAAAAUUUAAAUACUAAAUGUAACUAACAUGUUUACUCUAAUCGGUAUUUUUCUAAAUCAAAAUUAUCUCUUUUUUUCAAAUCACGUUGAUCUUUGCAACGAUAUAUCAACGAGCUUUCAAAAUAUUUCGAUUAAAUUUUUGAAAUUCGAGAUGUAAUGCAAAAGUAAAUAUAAAUUGAUUCGCCUUAAUGUUUAUCAUACGCUAAAAAUUGUGGAUAAUCGAAGAUUUGAUAUCAAAUCUGAAUAUAAGAAAAUUGAUUAUGUAUGAUUAAUUAAUUAAACAAAAAUGUAAUUAGACUGAUUAAUUACGGCUUGAAUAUAAGUCUAAUAAGGAUAUUACUCGGCACAUAAGUGCUUUGAGAAUUUAUUUUAACGAAUGUUGGCGUACUAUUAUUUCUUUUUAUGACUUUUGACUCACAAUCAGUUUUAACAAAAAAAGAAAAAAAAUCAGAUGUGCGAACCGAUAAUGUAUGUACUUUAAAAACUUCAAAUAACUUUAUUGUUUAAAUGAAAUUUUAUAAACAUAUUUAAUGACGUUGCAUCAACAUGUACAUGAAGAGUAAUUUAAUGAAUUAGCAUCGUAGAAUAUAUCGCUUUUCUUACGAGAAGGAACGACAGUCUAAAAAAAAAAAAAAGAAAAAAAAUACGCAAGGCCUCAUUUUCUAUUAUCACGUACUCGCGUGAAUACAUAAUUGUCGCUUGAGACGCCGAACGCGUGACUGCAAUCCGAUAAAUUAUGUUGAAUCUGCAUUGCGAUCUUUCCUUAACUUUAGAACCUUCGAGUAAUAUUUUUGCGACGGUCGUGAUAUAUUGUUGGCCGUUCUACGUACGCAAAAAGAAAGGAAAAAAAUAGAACGAAGAACGCGUUUUUAACGGCGAUCUGUUGAGAGCGAGAAGGUUUUCAUAGUAAUAUAAACGAAAGAUUAAGGAUCCUCGUGAGUCUCGUGAGAGAAGGUGAAAAAAAAGGGGAAAAAAUUUCGAGGGCGUGUCCUUUCGAUGGAAUGCGGCUCGGUGGAGAAGCUGACCGAUGCAGAACAAAGUGUGCAUAUCUCUCCGGAACGUUGGAACAAUUUUGGUGUAGCCGAUUUCGUUAGGAUUUGAUACUAGCUCUGUAUACCGAUAUCUAUAUUAUACAAAUCAUUAUAUGAGAAGAAAAAAAAGACGUGCGGACGAGAGGAAAAGGUAUGUGUCGAGGAUAUCCAAGCUCGCGCAAAUCUCGAAUUAAAGUGAGAGAAACGCGCGAAAGAGCCAAGAAUUUACUGCCGUAUCGAAUCUCUCUCGGUCCAAAAGUACAUAAUACUUAUCUUACUCUAGAAAAACGUAUCGAUCUGAAAGGAAAAAGUGUGAAAAAUGCAAAAAACAUGAUAAAUGUGGCUGCAUAUUUUGAGACAUCUUUUAAACACGUAAGAGAUACUCUUAAUCCCGACACAAAAAUACACGAACACACGCCCAUACACGAUGAAAUACGAUGACACACAUCAUACUGUAUAUUUUAUUGUAAGGCUUUAAAUGUUUCAUCAAAUAACUCUAUUAUAUUAUAAUAUAUCUAUAUAUAUUUGUAUCGAUCGUUUCCUCCUGCCCUGAUUUUUUUAUUUAGGUCCGAAGCACGAAUGUCAGAAUAAUAAGUCCGGGAUGUACGAAUGUUAUAUGCGAGAUUGGAUGCAAGAGCUUUAAAUCUAAAGAACGUACGCGAAAAUCGAAUAACCACAGGCUAUAUAUUUUUUAUUACAAUGAUCAUUUUAAUUCAACAAUCGAAUUUCAUACAUACCAACAUUGCGUAUUUUGCAGAUAUUUCACAUUGUCUUAUUUACAUAUAAGGAUGUAUGUCAUGUUCCACAUAACAAAUAUUUUUUGUACAGCUAGAAUAUUUUUGUGUAUUCUUAAUUCUUUGUGUUGUCGAAAUGAAAUUUUAAAUGCGCGAGUAAUGAUUUUUUAUGAAAAAUUGAGAGAAUUCAGAUUAAUUUUGAAUUAUUAAAAUACAUUUAAGAAAAGCCGCUGCACUCCAGAAAAAUUUACGUAGAUCAGACCACUCAUAAAAAUGCUGAAAUUUCGCGAUAAUAUCGUAAUCAAAAUAUCUUACAAUUGCGAAAUGCUAUUAUAUUUUUUUGAGAAAAAAUGUUUAAUGGAGAGAGCACAAAAAUUAUGCAGAUAUAUUAUAUCGGAAUGCUUUUAGCUCUGUAAUUGCUACAUAUAUAUAUACAUAUAUAAUCGAAUUUCUAAGCAUUUUAUAAAAUGCAUAUCUAAUGCGUCAUAUCUGAAAUGCGCCAUAUUCUUGGAUGCACGUUUAACUAAGCCACUUCUAAAAUUUAAGAGUCGACUAAAUUUUAAAAUCGCGAGACAAUCUACGUAAAUUGGCACAUGAAAUGAAACAUGUUCGAUAGUUAAUGACCGAAAUGUAUGCAUAUAUGAUUUCAUGCCAGCACGCGAGAGUUAUUUGGCCGUAAUAAUUCCACUUACCUAGGGAACGAAUCCUUGAAACAAAUCGUGCAUAAGUACGUAUAAAAACGAUUGUCAAGAAUGAUAAAAUGAAAAUUAUUUACAAUCGUUAAUAAAAAGGGGGGUAUGCGGCGAGGGAAAUUCGGACAAUUUUUUCAAGAAUAUAUACUUUUACGAAAGGUUCAUCGUCUCAAAAGCUGUAUAAGCAUUCCGUUGAUGGAGAGCGAGGAUGAGAUGAUAAUUAAGCACGCGUGCGUCUCUUAUAUAUAUUAGUUACGCGAAUCCGCAUCGUUAGACAGCAGGACCUACAAUUUUGCGAACGUGAUAUAUUAUGAUUGUGUAAAAUUGUAAACUUUGUCGAGGAGUCCGGGCGAAAGCAACGAGCACUUUUUCUCAUCAUCGAGAUUCUCGAUCGCGAAGAAGCUCAUGGGAAAAGGAAAAAAAAGACCUUCGCCCGCUCCCCGUCAAGCUUGAUAUAGAUUGUAUUUUUGGCUUAUUAUUGUAAGACUGACUAUGUUGCUAUAUUAAAGAUUGCUUCGAAAACACAGAA